AAAGCCAGAGGAGGCGUGGGAAUGUCUGAGGUGGCAACACUGCUCUCUACCCAGGCAGCUCUGGCCAGUCUGGAGUCUGUCCAUCCACAGGCCACAGGCUCUGGAUGAGGAACUUGAGGCACGUGACUCCCCCAGGCCAUUUAGCCUGGAAGAGCAGGGGCUAGGUUUCCUGAUCUCCAGGCCAGUCUUCAGUCUCCGACCUAAUAAUGUUGGCAGAGAAGAUGCAGCUUCCUACAUAUGGGAGCUUGGGGCUGGGGGGGCUCCUGCUCCUGGUUGUGGUUGUUCUGUCUGCCUGUCUGUGUCGGCUCCAUCGGAGAGUGAGGAGGCUGGAGAGGAGCUGGGCCCAGCUCUCGGAGCAGGAGCCCCACUACGCGUCUCUGCAGAGGCUGCCCCGCAAGGGGCCUGACAGUGGCCACCAAGAAAAGGAAGUCUCCGAGGAGGACCCCAGCAGCGACUACGCCUGCAUUGCCAAGAACAAACCCACCUGAGCACCCUGGAUGCCUCCGUCAACCCAGGCGGGUGCUCGGGACCGUCCUGUGGUUCACCCAGUAAAGACAGUGGUCUCACCA